GAGAUGGCGGAUCCUGCUGCCGAGAUUCCCCAAGUCCAAGGUGUCAAUCCCACUCCCAGAUCUCAGUCUAUGGAUGGAAAUAGGCUGUUGUGUUCCAGGCCGCCAGCCGACCCGUUGUCUGAUGUGCUCGGAGAUGACAACCUCCUCACCAAGAUCCUCAUCCGCCUCCCACCAAAGCCAUCCUCGCUCCCCCGUGCGUCCGUUGUAUGCAAGCAGUGGGGCAGCAUCCUCUCCGAGCCCGAGUUCCGUAAACGCUUCCGCAAGCAUCACCAGAAACCUCCUCUGCUCGGCUUCUUCAGAGGGUAUGCUAAAAACUUCAUUCCUUCCAUGGACUCGCCAGACCGCAUCCCUGCUGCCCGCUUCUCCCUGCCCAAGAGCAGCACACCCUACCACCAAAAUGAAGCAUACAUGGGCUGCCGCCAUGGCCUCUCUCUCCUAAUCAACCUGCAUAAGCUUGAGACCGUCGUGUGGGAUCCCCUCACAGGUGAAGAGCGCAUUGUGGCUUUUCCACCAGGGUGCACGUUGGGGCGUUCCUGGGCCUGGCAUGGCGCUGUAUUGUGCGUCAAUGCCGAAGAUGGGCAUGUCCACGGAGAUUGCUUCUCGAGCCCAUUUAAAUUGGUUUUGAUCUUUGCUGACUACAAUACACCGGCACUUUGUUCUGUCUACGACUCAGCGUCUGGUGUUUGGGGAAAUAUUUUCUCGACGAUGACGAAAACAGCUGGAAUGUCUUGGUUAAGAAGGCCCAGCAUCCUUGUCGGGAAUGCACUUUGCUUGUUGAUUCGUGGAGGUGAUGUCCUUGUGUUUGAUUUGGAAAUGCAAAGUCUUGGUCUGAUCAAGAAGCCGGUUGAAAACCAUGGUACCGACAACUGGUGUUUUCAGCUCUUACGGAUGGAGAAUGAUGGACUUGGCCUCGCUGUUUUGUUGGACCUCACUAUCGAAUUAUGGGAGAGGAAAUCUAACCGUGAUGGUGUUUUCGAAUGGGUGCUGCUGCAGAAAACCAUUCCACUCGAGGGUAUGGUUCCAACGAGAAUGGAUUCUGUACUUUUCGUCGGGUAUGAUGAGGACGCAAAUGUGAUUGUUCUCACUACUAUGACCGGCAACUUCACACUCCAACUCGACUCAAUGCAGAUCAAACAUAUUGUUAAAAGAAACAAUAUAUGUCAUGACACCUUUUAUCCCUACAGAAAUUUCUGUACUCCAGGCAGGAGAGUUGGGGCGAAAGGGGCGGAUCUGAAACUGUGAACACACUAGAUCUGCUAACGUGCUAUCUUGGUCAAACAA